AUGAAGCAGCUGUGUCUGUGCGCGGCCGCCUCGUUCGCGCUGCGGCUGAGCCCCACCGAGCUGGGCUCCUGCCCGCCCUGCGGCCCCUGCCCCAUCCCGAAGCCGGUGGCCAGAGGCAGGCGCCAGAGCCAGGACUGGGGCAAGAGUGACGAGCGGCUGCUGCAGGCCGUGGACAGUGACGAUGCCCCCCGGGUGGCCGCCCUCAUCGCCCGCAAGGGCCUGGUGCCCACGAAGCUGGACCCCGAGGGCAAGUCCGCGUUCCACCUGGCAGCCAUGAGGGGUGCAGCCAGCUGCCUGGAGGUGAUGCUGGCUCAGGGUGCCAAUGUCAUGAGCACGGAUGGGGCAGGUUACAAUGCCCUCCACCUGGCCGCCAAGUAUGGGCAUCCCCAGUGCUUGAAGCAGCUGCUACAGGCCUCCUGCGUGGUGGACGCCACAGAUAGCAGCGGGUGGACAGCUCUGCAUCACGCAGCGGCUGGAGGCUGCCUCUCCUGCUCAGAAUUACUCUGCUCGUUUAAAGCCCAUCUGAACCCCCGAGAUCGGUCGGGUGCAACACCCCUCAUCCUCGCGGCUCAGAUGUGUCACACUGACCUGUGUCGCCUCCUUCUGCAGCAGGGCGCAGCCGUGAACGACCGGGACCUGCAGGGCAGGACAGCCCUGAUGCUGGCCUGUGAAGCGGCCAGCCCCGAAACCGUGGAGGUGCUGCUUCAGGGCGGUGCCCAGCCGGGCAUCACCGACUCCCUCGGCCAGGACGCCUCGCACUAUGGCGCCCUCGCGGGGGACAAACUCAUCCUACAGCUCCUGCAGGAGGCGGCCCCGAGGCCCUCACCCCCCAGCGCCCUCCCAGAGGAUGACUCAGGCGAGGCCUCAUCUCAGAAUUCUGUGUCCAGCCGUGAAAAGCCAGGAACUUCCAAGAAGCGGAAGGCACCCCAGCCCCCUGCCAGCAUCCCUAUGCCGGAUGACCGAGAGGCCUAUGAGGAGAUCGUGCGCCUGCGGCAGGAGCGAGGCCGUCUGCUUCAGAAGAUCCGGGGCCUGGAGCAGCACCAGGAGCGGAGGAAGCUGGAGGAGCCAGAGGCCAGCUCCCUGCACAGCCUGGAGAGACAGGUGCAGGAGCUGCAGCAGCUGCUGGUGGAGAAGCAGGAGGAGAAGGAGAGCCUGGGGCGUGAGGUGGAGAGUCUGCAGAGCCGACUGUCCCUGCUGGAGAACGAGCGUGAGAACACCAGCUAUGACGUGGCCACACUGCAGGAUGAAGAGGGGGAGCUGCCUGACUUCCCAGGGGCCGAGGCACUGCUCUCCAAACAAGUGAGCCCGUCAGUCCAGGAGCUCUUGGCGUCGCUGCAGGACCAGGUGGCCACGCUGACCAAACAGAACCAGGAGCUGAUGGAGAAAGUGCAGAUCCUGGAGAACUUCGAGAAGGACGAGGAGGAGGCCAGCAGCUUGGCCGAGGUCAUCCCUCUGGCUGUCUAUGACGCUCUGCGCGCUGAGUUUGACCAGCUCCACAGGCAGCACGCCGAGGCCUUGCGGGCGCUGGGGCAACGGGACAUCCAGGAGGCCCUCAGAGAGGAGGAGGCAGUGGCAGGGACAGGCAAGGGCCAAGCAACCAGGAAUACCAUGAACGGGCUGGCCGGCACAGAGCUGAACGGCCUGGAAUCCAAAGUGAAUGGAGCUGAGAACACAGAUGAGGAGACUGGAGGAGACAGGACCAUCGAGGUUGGGACUUUGGAACCAGCAUCCACAGGGGUGGAGGCCACUGAGGCCAAGACCACAGAAACAGAGGACUCAGGAUCUGCAGCUGAGGAAACAACAGUGGCCAUGGGGACUGAAGUCACUGAAGUGAAGGCACCAAAGGAGCCAGAGACCAUUGAGAGAAAGGCCACGGGGGUGGAGGCCACAGGAACAGGUGCCACGGUGAAGGAGACCACGAAGGUGGCACCAGAGAUGACAGAAAAUGGAGUGGGGGCCACAGAGGCAGAGCUCACAGGCCCACAGAACACAGACGGGAAGGCCACAGCGGUUGAGACCACGACACUGUCCGCGGGUCCCCUCCUCCAUCCCGGUGCCGCGGAGGCCUCAGAGAAGCUGCAGGCAGAGCUAGAGACCAGGAUCCGUGGCCUGGAGGAGGCGCUCCGGCAGCGGGAGCGCGAGGCGGCUGCGGAGCUGGAGGCCGCCCGCGGCAAGUGCGAGGCCGCCGAGGCCGAGGCUGGCCGGCUGCGCGAGCGGGUGCGCGAGGCCGAGAGCGGUGGGGCCGGCGACGGCUGCGGGGGCAACGUGGCGCAGCUGCGAGCCGCCCUGGAGCAGGCCCGAGAGGACCUCCGGGGCCGGGACGCGCGCCUCCGGGAGCUGGAGGCGGCCGUCUCCUCCCUGGACGAGUCCCGGGCCGGCCUGCUGCUGGCCGAGGAGGAGGCCCGGGGUCUGCGCGCAGAGCUGGCCCAGAAGGACGAGGUGCGGCUGGAGCAGAGCCGGGAGCUGCAGGUGCUGCGGGAGCAACUGGCCGCCGCCACGGCCUCCGAGGAGCAGCAGCGGGCAGCGGCCGCCCAGCUGGGCCAGGCCCGGGACGUGGCCGAGGCGCAGGCGGCUGAGCUGGGCGCAGCCUGCGAGGAGGCCCGGCGGAGCCUGGCGGAGCUGCGCGAGGCCUCGGAGGCCCUCCGACAGUCCUCGGUGCCAGCGGCCGAGCAUCACCGCCUGCAGGAGGAGGCCCUGGAGUUGCGGGGCCGGGCGGCCAGCCUGGAGCAGGAGGUGGUGGCCACGGGCAAGGAGGCGGCCCGGCUACGCGCGGAGCUGGAGCGGGAGCGCGUGGGCAGCGUGGCGCGCUCGGAGCACGAGCGGGUGGUGGGCGCGCUGCAGGCCGAUGUGGCCCGGCUGGAGGGGCAGCUGGAGGAGCUGGGACGGCGCCAUGAGAAGACCAGCGCCGAGGUCUUCCAGGUGCAGCGGGAGGCGCUGUUCAUGAAGAGUGAGCGGCAUGCGGCCGAGGCCCAGCUGGCCACAGCGGAGCAGCAGCUGAGGGGGCUUCGAACCGAGGCCGAGAGGGCACGCCAGGCCCAGAGCCGUGCCCAAGAGGCCCUGGACAAGGCCAAGGAGAAGGACAAGAAGAUCACCGAGCUGUCCAAGGAGGUGUUCAGCCUUAAGGAAGCCUUGAAGGACCAGCCAGCCACUCCGGCCACCCCUGAGGUGGAGGCUCUGAGAGAACAAGUGAAGGCGCUGCAGCAGCAGCUGGAGGAGGCUGCCAGGGAGCACAGUGCCGUGGUGGCCUUGUACCGGAGUCACCUGCUCUACGCUAUCCAGGGCCAGAUGGACGAAGACGUGCAGCGAAUCCUCAGCCAGAUUCUGCAAAUGCAGAGGCUCCAAGCCCAGGGUCGCUGA